GAUCAGUGAAGGGCCAUUUCCAGACAUGUGCGUAGGUCUACCGACGUACAGUGAUGGACAUGUGAUCCACGCCCCUUUUCGGAACGUCAUCGUUGGCUGGUUUACAAAUUGAUUGUAUGAGCUGAGGCAGUGAUUUUCUCUUCAGAAAGUGUGUUAUCUUUAAAUGAACACGUUGAAGUUUUAAUGACAGUGUCACGUUUAGAGUUGUACCGCAGCAGGAAAAGACUUUUCGACGUUGCCGAAUCCCUUCACCCGUACGGUGGACUUUUUGGCGAAGAUGAAAAGGAUAACUGGAAAAACGAAAGAUGCAACUCUCAUAGAGAUGAUUAACAAGGCGGAUGCUCAUGUGGAAGAUGGUUUUGCAGUGCUGACUGGCUACAGGAAGACUCUCCUGGCAGAUAACAAUGGCAUCCUUCUCUCUGCCUCAGACAGAGGAACGUCACUCCCUGGCCUCCAGGAGAUUCAUAAGCUGGGGCAUAAUAAGGACUCCGUGUAUUUCAGCGAUGGUGAGCGUCGCAUUGAUUUUGUCCUGUCCUACAUUGAUGACAAAGAUGGAGACAAGAAGGCGGAGAGGAGAAGAGAAUUCGAAGCCAACCUCCAGAAGGCUGGUCUGAUGCUGGAGACUCAGGAUAAAUGGGAGUCGGAUGAUGGCAAGACCUACUACCUGAAGAUCCAUGCGCCGUGGGAAGUGCUGGCAACGUACGCCGAUGUGCUGAAGAUCAAAGUGCCCUUCAAGGCCGACGACAUCCCCAAGGGCCGGGACGUCCCUCUGGCGUGGCUCACCUGCCCGUUCCGCCUGCCCCCGCACAUCAUGAAGCCCGAGCCUAACUACUUCACCGCGCCCUUCGACAAAAGCAAGGUCGACUUCUUCCUCAUCGGCAACCAGGAGACCUUCUUCCCCCCCUCCACCCGCAACAGGAUCGUCUAUUACAUUCUCACCCGCUGCCCGUACUACAAGGAGGACCGUAAAGAGAAGGACAAGACCGGGAUCAAGCGGCUGCUGAACAAUGGCACCUACACCUCGGCCUACCCGCUUCACGAUUGUAGCUAUUGGAAGGAGGCAAAAGAAUGUGAGAGUGAGAGGUACCACCUCUACAAGCACUGGGCACGCUUCCUCUCCUUCUACAAGGAGCAACCACUCAACCUUAUCAGGAAAUACUAUGGUGAGAAGAUUGGCAUUUAUUUUGCUUGGCUGGGCUUCUACACAGAAAUGCUGUUCCUCUCAGCUAUUGUGGGAGUCAUCUGCUUUGUCUACGGUCUGCUCACCUUUGGUAAUAACAUGACGAGUAAGGAGAUCUGUGACCCUGAUAUUGGUGGGAAGAUUAUCAUGUGUCCUCUGUGUGAUAAGAAGUGCUCCUACUGGAAGCUUAACUCAUCCUGUCUGUCAUCCUUGCAAUCCCAUAUGUUUGACAAUGAAGGAACUGUGUUCUUUGCCAUGUUCAUGGGAAUCUGGGUCACCAUGUUCCUGGAGCUGUGGAAGAGAAGGCAGGCCAGGCUGGAGUAUGAGUGGGACCUGGUGGACUUUGAGGAGGAGCAACAGCAGCUGCAGAUCAGGCCCGAAUUUGAGCUGAAGUGCACCGGCCGCCGACGCAACCGCAUCACGCAGGAAAUGGAGCCAUACCUGCCUCUUACCAGCAAGUGUGCACGCUUUUGCGUGUCUGGAGCCACAGUUCUGUUCUGGACGUGCAUGAUUGUGGCCUGUGUCAUAGGGGUGAUAGUGUACAGGUUAGCUGUGUAUGCCGCUAUUGCCAGCUUAAUGAAGGACAGCCCCACCAGCAAGAUCCAGCUGCUGGGCCCGCUGAUCACGCCCCAGCUAGCCACCUCCAUCACGGCGUCCUGCAUCAACUUUGCCAUCAUCCUCGUCCUCAACUUCUUCUAUGAGUACGUUGCCAUCUGGAUCACCGAUAUGGAAAUCCCCAAGACCCAUUUGGAGUAUGAGAACAAGCUGACCAUGAAGAUGUUCAUGUUUCAGUUUGUCAACUACUACUCUUCCUGCUUCUAUGUCGCCUUCUUCAAAGGCAAGUUCGUGGGGUAUCCGGGCAAAUACUCCUACAUGUUCGGCAACUGGACUAAACUGAGAAAUGAGGAGUGUGCUCCGGGAGGCUGUCUGAUAGAGCUCACCACACAGCUGGUGAUCGUCAUGGCCGGGAAACAGCUGGUGGGGAAUGUCCAAGAAGCCCUGCUACCAUUACUGAAGAACUGGUGGUCCAGCAGGAAGGGGCGGAGCCACCCGCAAGGCCAGUACAGCCGAUGGGAACAGGACCACGACCUGCAGAGCUUCGGCCAGUUCGGCCUCUUCUAUGAGUAUCUGGAGAUGGUGAUCCAGUUUGGCUUCAUCACGUUGUUUGUGGCGUCCUUCCCCCUGGCUCCGCUGCUUGCUCUCUUCAACAACAUCCUGGAGGUCAGGGUGGACGCCUGGAAGUUCACCACACAGUUCCGAAGACCUGUGGCAGCCAAGGCGCGCAACAUCGGGGCCUGGGAAGAGAUUCUGAACGUGAUGGCCAUCUUGUCUGUAGUCACGAAUGCUUUUAUCAUGGCAUUCACCUCUGAUAUGAUCCCUCGUUUGGUCUACCUGUACGCCUACCAACCCGUGCACGAGGCCUCCAUGACGGGCUACAUCAACAACAGUCUCUCCAUCUACGAAAUCACCAAGAUACCGCUAGAAAACAGACCAGACGAUGGAGAGAACCCUACCUGGUUCAACGAAUCAAUCACAGUGUGCAGAUAUCGAGACUAUCGAUACCCACCAGGCCAUGAGAGGGAGUACUCUCACACCAUGCAGUUCUGGCAUAUUCUCGCAGCCAAAAUGGCCUUCAUCAUUAUCAUGGAGCAUGUAGUAUUCGUGGUGAAGUUCUCCGUGGCAUGGCUGAUCCCUGACGUACCGUCAGAUGUGAAGGCACGCAUCAAGCGUGAGCGCUACCUGGUGCAGGAGUACCUGCACCACUACGAGGUGGAGAAACUCAAGAUGCAGCUGAGCCAGAGCUUCUGCGUCACCUCGGAGGCCACGGACACCUGCUCCCUGCUCCCCCCCAGCCCAGACCAGCAGGACAGCCUGUCCGUAUGUGUCUGAGGAGCACCGGGCCUGCGGGGCCACCCGGAGGGAACCCUGCGCCGGACGGCAUGUGGUCGAGGGUUGCUGUGCAGUUCCGCACAGUGGACCGUGUCUUUUUGCAUGUGUAAUUGAAGAUCUAGGCAGCCUCUGGACUUUGUCACAACACAGUUCCCACAUAAAAAAAGGAACAGCUUCAGGGGUGCUGCAGGAUUGUGUGCUUCUCAUGGUUUUCGUGCUGACCUCUCCUGCACAGCGCACUUACCAGCGUGCGUGCAUGCUUACUCCAGCAUGCAGCUGGGCAGGCAGGGGAGCGGUGUGGCAGGCGCGAGGCCUGGCUGGCGCCAUUCUUUGAACAGCUGGCCUGAAGUACACGAGUUGAGCAGCCUGAAGAUAAGCAGAAAACCUGAAGUAACAGAGCGCCUCGUUAGCCCUGCACCAUGCAGACUAACAGCCUGUAACAGCAAGUUAUCAAUAUGUACGUUUGAUCUUGGCACUUUUCAAGACUCUGUAGAGAAACUUAACUUAAACGUUAAUUACCUUUUCAACUUCUGCUCUUCUG